CGGGUCAGUCUUCUAAGAGUUUUCCACAUACCAGUGGGAAUAAACUUGUCAAGCUUGCAUCUGUUCCUGCUGCUCCUUUUAAGCAACCCAGGUUGCUUCUCAUUAGCAUUUAUAAUAACUUGCCUUUGGAAAUCCGUGGCGUGGCCUCCACCCCCUAGCCACACCCCUUGUUUUGCUUAUUUAUUCAUUCAUUCCAUUUCUCUUCUGCCUCUCUCCCCUCCAAGCACUCCAGGCAACGUGCGCCCCCUUUUCUUUCAUUCUCCAAUAACCCCGGGAAUCAAGUCAGGCAACGAAUUGAUAUCUGGUAACCGUUCUUCCUGGAGAUGUUCUUGUGGGUCUUCUGUCACUUCAGUGUACAUGGGGUGCCUGGUUUGUGUUUCUGCUUAUUUGUGCCAUUAUUUUUUCCUUUCUAAUUUUCAGGAAUGCAAAAGUAUAAACAGAAUGGAUCCAUCAUCAGGGGCCAGAUCAAUUGUGGUUCACGUGGAGGGAAUGACCUGCAGUUCUUGCGUACAGACUAUUGAGCAGCAUAUUGGGAAACUAGAUGGAGUUCAUGACAUUAAAGUUUCUCUGGAUGUUAAGAAGGCCACCAUCGUUUACAACCCCAGAGAGCAAAAUCCAGCAUCGCUACAGGAAGCCAUUGAAGACAUGGGGUUCGAUGCCGUUCUUGAAGACGCCAACCUGCAGUUCGUUCCACCUGACACCAUGUUUCUUACGAUCCCUGCACAGGCCACUGUGCCAUGUGAACAGAUCCGUAGCGAUCUCCUGAAGGUCAAAGGCAUUCUGGAUGUGAAAAUCUCUUCUGACAAACAAACUCUAGUGGUAACCUUUGUCUCUUCCAUUCUGAAUAGCAAGCAGAUUAACCAAAUAGUCCCAGGAUUAAGUUCAGAUAAUGCCACGCAGGACAGAAACCAAGGAACCUGUGAAGAUGUGAGUUUGAGCCAAACGAACGACGUGGUGCUAAGAAUGAAAAUAGAGGGGAUGACCUGCCAUUCCUGUACUAGCACCAUUGAAGGGAAAAUUGGCAAACUGCAAGGUGUCACACGAAUUAAAGUCUCCCUGGAUAAUCAGGAAGCCAUGGUCACGUAUCAGCCUCAUAUCAUCACCUCUGAAGAAAUAAAGAAGCAAAUAGAAGCGGCAGGGUUCACCGCGUCCAUAAAGAAAAUGUCUAAACCGCUCCAACUUGGUGCUAUCGAUGUAGAGCGGCUCAAGAACACCCAGGCCAAAUGCUCGGAAAGGGCGCCACAGGAAAGUUUGGAAGGCAAGCGGAACGUAAAGACCACCACCUUCCGGGUUGAUGGCAUGCACUGUAAUUCAUGUGUCUUCAACAUUCAGAGCAGCAUAUUGGCUCUUCCUUCGGUGACCAGCAUCACAGUGUCUUUGCAGGAAAAGUCGGCCGUCGUCCUGUACAACCCCAGCCUCAUCAGCCUCGGUGCCCUCAGGAGAGCGAUAGAAGCUGUCUCUCCAGGGACUUUCAAGGUCUGCCUUUUGGAUGCCCACGAAAACGCCGAGCAUCCGAGCAGCUCCCAAUCUCCGCUGAAGCCUUCCUUUCCGAGAGCCAUUCAGGGCAUCGUGCCUCACCCCCUGAUGCUCGUGACCGUGAUCCAUAUUGAAGGAAUGACUUGCAAUUCAUGCGUGCAGUCAAUUGAGGGACUCAUUUCACAAAAACCUGGCGUGAAGUCAGUGUGCGUUUCACUGCCGGACCAUAACGGGACUAUAGAGUAUGACCCCACGCUGACCUCUCCAGGUGACUUAAAAAACUCCAUUGAAGACAUGGGCUUUGAUGCAUCCAUAGCUGUACCCCCGAGCCCAGAGCCCGUGGUUCUAAUAACUGAGCCUUCCCAGGAGAGGCUGGCCAGAGCUCAGGAAAGCAAACUUUCCAAAACAGAAGAUCAUUCCAACCUGUUGCCAGCUCCUAACAGGCCGGGUCUGAAGGCACCAUCAAAAUGCUACAUCCAGAUCACUGGCAUGACUUGUGCUUCCUGUGUGGCAAACAUUGAGAGGAAUCUGAAGAGAGAAGACGGAAUAUGCUCUGUACUCGUUGCCCUGAUGGCUGGGAAGGCGGAAGUGAGAUAUGACCCUUCCAUCGUCCAGCCUCCAACGGUAGCAGAAAUGAUUAGAGAACUGGGGUUCGGUGCUACGGUGCUGGAGAAUUACAAUGAAGGAGAUGGCAUCUUGGAGCUUGUGGUGAGAGGGAUGACUUGUGCCUCAUGUGUCCAUAAAAUAGAAUCCACCCUUAUGAAGACGAAAGGGGUCCUGUACAGCUCGGUAGCUCUCGCAACCAACAAAGCGCACAUCAAGUACGAUCCGGAGAUAGUGGGCCCUCGAGAUAUUAUACAGAUUAUAGAGAAUCUAGGGUUCAAGGCUGCAUUAGUGAAGAAAGAUCGAUCUGCUAGCCACUUAGAUCACAAGCAGGAAAUAAGACAGUGGAAACGGUCUUUCCUUGUAAGCCUCAUUUUCUGCAUCCCUGUAAUGGGGCUCAUGAUUUACAUGAUGGUGAUGGACAGUCACAUGUCGGCCCCGCACAAGGCUUCUAACCUGACUCAGGAAGAAAUGGACGCCCACCAUCCACCGAUGUUUCUGGAGCAGCAGAUCCUUCCUGGGUUGUCCAUUAUGAAUUUGCUCUCCUUUUUAUUGUGUGUUCCUGUACAGUUCUUUGGAGGUUGGUACUUCUACAUUCAAGCCUACAAAGCACUGAAGCAUAAGACGGCCAAUAUGGAUGUGCUGAUCAUUCUGGCAACCACCAUUGCGUUUGUCUACUCCUUUGCGGUUCUUCUGGUUGCGAUGGCUGAGCAGGCCACGGCCAAUCCUGUGACUUUCUUUGACACACCGCCAAUGCUCUUUGUGUUCAUUGCGCUGGGGCGAUGGUUGGAGCACGUGGCCAAGGGUAAAACGUCAGAGGCCCUUGCGAAGCUAAUUUCACUACAAGCAACAGAAGCGACUAUUGUUACUUUAGGCCCAGAUAAUAUCCUCCUGAGUGAAGAGCAAGUCGAUGUCGAACUAGUUCAGCGGGGGGACAUUGUGAAAGUGGCCCCCGGCGGCAAGUUUCCCGUGGAUGGCCGAGUUAUUGAAGGACACUCUCUGGUGGAUGAGUCACUCAUCACAGGUGAGGCAAUGCCUGUGACCAAAAAACCUGGCAGUUCAGUCAUAGCAGGUUCUAUUAAUCAGAAUGGAUCCCUGUUGAUCUCUGCGACCCAUGUUGGGUCUGACACCACUCUCUGCCAGAUCGUAAAGCUUGUGGAAGAAGCACAGACCUCAAAGGCGCCAAUUCAGCAGUUUGCUGACAAACUGAGUGGCUAUUUUGUUCCUUUCAUUGUUGGUGUUUCUGUGAUUACACUUUUCGCUUGGAUUGUGAUUGGAUUUGUCAAUUUUCAAAUUGUGGAAACCUAUUUUCCCGGCUACAGUAAGAGCAUUUCCGAAGCAGAGGUCGUGAUCCGCUUCGCUUUCCAAGCCUCCAUUACCGUGCUGUGCAUCGCCUGCCCUUGUUCCCUGGGAUUAGCGACUCCAACUGCCGUGAUGGUGGGAACCGGAGUAGGAGCACAAAACGGCAUCUUGAUCAAAGGUGGAGAACCUUUGGAGAUGGCACACAAGGUUAAAGUUGUGGUGUUUGAUAAAACGGGGACCAUCACCCAUGGAACCCCAGUGGUGAUGCAGAUGAAGAUGCUCUUGGAGAGUAACCGGGUACCACGAAAGAAAGUCUUGGCGCUGGUGGGGACAGCGGAGAGCCACAGUGAGCACCCUUUAGGAGCAGCAAUCACCAAAUACUGCAAACAGGAACUGGAGGCAGAUACCCUUGGAACGUGCACUGAUUUCCAAGUGGUGCCUGGCUGUGGUAUUAGCUGUAAAGUUACCAACAUUGAAGCCCUGCUCUGUAGCAGGAGUGAAAAUGUGGAAGAGACAAAUGCCAGGAAUGCUGCUCUGGUGAACAUGGAUGAGAAGGCUGAGGCCCUCAUGCAGCCAUCCUUGAUCCUUGAUGAGCAGCUGCCAGCCACCUGGGCUUCUCACAAAUACUCUCUUCUCAUUGGAAACCGAGAGUGGAUGUCCAGGAAUGGCCUCCUGCUCCGAAAUGAUAUUGACGACGCGAUGACUGAGCACGAACGCCGAGGCCGCACGGCUGUUCUCGUGGCUGUGGAUGGGGAGCUGUGCGGCUUGGUGGCCAUUGCUGACACCGUGAAGCCCGAAGCGGAUCUCGCCGUCCGGACGCUGAAGGGGAUGGGUCUGGAGGUGGUUCUGAUGACGGGGGACAACGGCAAAACCGCUCGGUCUAUUGCUUCUCAGGUCGGCAUCACCAAAGUGUUUGCCGAAGUGCUCCCCUCCCACAAAGUCGCCAAAGUGAAACAGCUGCAGGAGGAAGGGAAACGGGUGGCCAUGGUGGGUGACGGCAUCAACGACUCCCCGGCCCUGGCCAUGGCCAAUGUUGGCAUUGCCAUUGGCACCGGCACGGAUGUGGCCAUAGAAGCAGCCGACGUGGUUUUGAUCAGGAAUGAUUUGCUGGACGUGGUGGCAAGCAUCGACUUAUCCCGGAAGACUGUUAAAAGGAUACGCAUCAACUUUCUCUUUGCGCUCAUUUACAACCUUAUUGGUAUCCCCGUCGCUGCUGGCGUCUUCCUGCCGGUCGGCUUGGUCCUGCAGCCUUGGAUGGGCUCUGCAGCGAUGGCCGCGUCCUCCGUGUCGGUCGUGUUGUCUUCCCUGCUGCUAAAGCUUUACAGGAAGCCUACCUGUGAGAAGUACGAGCGCCACGCCCGCACCCAGGUGAGACACAAGAGCCCCUCGGAAAUCAGCGUCCACAUCGGGAUCGACGACGUCAGGCCGGGAUCCCCGAAACUGAGCCUCAUGGACCGAAUCAUCCACUACAGCCAAGCCUCCAUCAGCUCCCUCUUCUCCGACAAGCGCUCCCUCAGCAACAUUGCCCUGAGCGAACCCGACAAGCAUUCGCUCCUGGUUGGGGAUUCCCGGGAGGAAGAUGACGCCACCGUCUGAGGACGCGGAGCAGGGCCCACUCCCUCCACAAGCAGCCUGGGCCACCUGGGAGCAGUCUGGACAUCUCUUGGGCUUGGCCUGCUCAGAUGAAUGAGGGCACCGCUGCUUUCUUCCCAGGGAGUUCUGCACUGUGUGGCCCCUCUUAGCAGGCCAGAGCAUGACAGAAGACCCCAAGAUGGAGCAAGACCCGGUACUGAGUUGUUUUCCAAAUUGAUCUUCUGGUGAGAAGCCGAAGAAGGACAUCCUCUGGUUGCCACCAGCACGUGGUUUUCAGGUUUUGUUGUUGUUUUUCCAUUUGCCAAAGAAGCGUGCUCUACCUCUGCCACACGGCAGCAUAGGCAUCUCGGAAGAGAUCACCCCUGGAAUUGGGGAACAGCAGAGCAGGCCGCCUUCUGCAGGCCUUCCCUCCCUCUUGGCAACUUCAGAUCAAGACCCUCCUCCCUGUGGGGCGGUUGGUAGGCCAGUCAGGCCCUGGCACCUUGCGGGCUGCUCUCCCGGCCAAGGGCGCAUCAGCAGGACCCAUCUCAUGUCGUCCUGCCCUCCGUCAUUUGUGGCUUGCGAGGGACACGGGGGGGCUUAUUGGCAGGACUGGGGGACAGGCUCUUGGGGCCCCCAUUGUGGCCAACCCCACCUGGCUUGCUGGACUCAGAGCCCCCCCCCCCCCAGCUCUGUCGAGUUUCUUCCCUUCCGGCUCCCUGAGGGAGCCCAGCCAAGCGAGCCUUUCACUUUUCCUCAGAUAAUCCUCCAGAGCCCUGAAGAACUGGGGCUGCCCGACUGCCUCCGUGCUGCUCCCAGCCCUCCUCCUGGUUUCCUAUCAUGGUAUGAAUGAUUGGUACGGUUUGCACAGAUCGGGGGACUCCGGGGCAGAGCAGCAGCUCCCCGCGAGGGCUGUUCUCCUCCGUAACAAAUGCCCGAACACGGGUUUGCCUGGAUUGCAGAACAGAAUUGGCCUUAGCGCGCACCUUGCUGCUCUUCGCGAUUGUGGAUUAGCAGGUGCAAGAUUUCAGCCCUGUGAAAUGGCAUAAUCAAUGAGCUGAACUUGUGUAUUAAGGGGUCUGUUUACCUGUUAAUGGACUUGUCUUCAUUCAGAGCAUUUUUAAGUAGUGAGAUAUACCUAUCAGGAUCAAAAUUCAGGGAAAAAAAAUCUUGUUUAUUUAAAUCUCAGUUUUGUUUCAGUCACAAGAUUUCAGCAUCUCUAAUACCCCUUAUAAAACCAUUUGGAAUAUACAAAUAGGGAAACGUAGCCCAAGCCAUAGCUUUUUAAAAUAAUUUCUCCUUAAAUCCUUUAGCUGUUUUGAGUGCCCUCCAAGAGAGAGGGCUCAGAAAUUGUGGUGGUGGUGGUGAUGAUGACAACGACAAUACAGGAGUGCCACACCUUCUGCAGAAUUCUUUGUGGAUCAGUGAAAAUCCACUUCCAGAGGCCUCUUGCACUAUUUAUUUAUCUUUUCUGGGAGUUGCACACAAAAAAACAUCCUCAGUGCCCCACUGCAUCCACUAAAGAUUCCAGGGGGUGAAAAAAAAAGAUUGUGUACCAAAAAAGGUUAUCAGGGAGAAUUAAGAUCUCCUCCUGACCGGUUUCUCUCCCCCCCGCCAUUCCCAAGCAUGCUGGAGGCCAGUUUUAGCUAUCAAGCCCCUAAUUCUGAUCCUAGCUGGAGUUUGAUCAGGCUGUUAGGAAAAGUGGCUAAUGUCUGGCUUGCCCCCCUUCCUAAGCCAGCACCUUCCAGAGGUAUUUGGAUCAUGGUUCCCAAAAUCCCCAGCUUGGCCAAGGACAUUGCAGCUGUUUCUGUUCUGCUUGCUGGCCAAAAGUCUCGCAGCGAGACGGGUGCCCAGUUUCAUGCUGGCUGAGAUGGGCAACCCUCACCUUUGAGGGGGACUGUGCAGAUGGCCCAGGCCCCUUGGGAAACAAGCUGGCAUUGACACUUUUGAGGAUGAACAAAGUAAGCUUUGAUUUUUUAAAUAUAAAAGUUUUAUUCUGUUCACAGAGCAGGGCAUAUCUUAGGGUAAUAUGUAAUAUGUAAUAUCUUACAUAUUAAUGUAAGUAAUGAUAUCCCUCAGUUUAAUCAGGUGAAUAAUACUAGUAGUGUGCAAAACUGAAAAUUCACACAGUGAAUUGAAUUUUGUAAUUUCAGGAGGAAAUCAUCCUUUUUUUUUUAAAUAUUCCCCCUCAUCCGGUUCUCUGUCAUCUUGGCAUGACUUGGUAAGAUUUUUAGAAUCUUUAUCUCCAUAUUUUUGUGAAAAAUAUUUUAUACUUGGCUUUGUUUCAAAGAACCAAAAGUUGCUUUUUUGCCUUGAAUGUACAGUGCUCAUCGAAAAUGUAAAGUUACUCUUUCUGUAAAUAAGUAUCCUUCCUGCCUCAAGCACACUUAUCAGGUGUCUUAAAUUAUCAGGUGUCAGUCAAAACCGCUUCAAAAGCAGAUUUUAGAAUAAGCUAUGCAUUGCAAUUUAAUUGUAUUUAUUUUUGCUAUUUGCUUCUGGCAAAACGUGCACCUGGAACGUUUUCUGAUUUAUUUAAAUUAUUACAUGAAACAUACAUACAGAUGUACGUGCAAGUCAGCCCCCCCCCCCCGUGUCUUUCCUUCCCAUCUUUACCUGGCGUUUAAAUUCAGAGGUUUCUGUUUCUCUUCCCUUCCCCUCCUAGCUGGGUGUGCACUCCUUUUAAAACGCUGCAUCCCUCCCUUUGGAUGUGCACGUGUGUGCAUUUCAGGCAGAACCCAUUUUUUAAAAAAUGCUGAAAAACUGCUUCAGGGAGACCAGGGUCAGUGAUGGCACAGUGAUCACGCACUGCUGGCUCACGCUUUAUAAUUUCCUUUAGCCUCCUAGAAGAUCUUCCAAGCCAGCCUCAGUCUUCUUAAAACGCACAGGAUUUGCUUCCCAUCGUUUCUGGUUCCUGCAUCCAGCAGCCAGGCUGGCUGGAUAUGAUGCAAGCCACAGUCCAAGCAUUGCAGUCCAAACACAGGCACCCCAAGUCAUAACGGGGGUCCGCUUCCGGAGCAGGCUUCUCACUCCAGUGAUGCAUGUCUUAUGCAAACAUCCUUCAACUCAUUCAAAAUUAAAAUGGUGCAGAGUUUGUUUUAUUGCAUUUGUGGUGGGGAUUUCUGCAGCCUUUGGCGCCUUCCACACGUUCCAUGGGGGGCAAAUGUUUAUGCUGCAGCUGCCCAUCCCCGUCCUGUUAAGUGGGUCUGUCUGAUACGGGCACCCUCUGACUAAACCGCCUCUGUGAAUUCAGAAAACCACACUCUGCAGAUCCCUUACGGUGAUCAGAGUUGCCUUUCCCUUUUUCUCCAGCAAAAUAAAAAUCGCUGCUUGUUUUUAAACAAAGCUAGAACCGUUUUUGCCUCCCUGAGCCUCUGGAGAUGGUUUGCUUCCUCUGGCCAAAAAGCAGAAGUCCCAGAUCUGCUGAUUCCAUUUUCAGGAAACAGUCCAAGGUUGUUGAAGGAAAGCCAAAAAGAAUGUUAAACAACCCUGUGCAAUAUUAGUUUAUGAUACAUUAUUUGUUACUUGGAGAAUGUGACAUGACCUUCACCUCUAUAAAAUGUUAUACUGGAACAUUAAA